GUGUGAAAAUGGAAUUUAGAAAUUAAACACACACGUGCGCACUCUUUUUUGUUUAAAUCUUCCACUCUUUCUACUGCAACCAAGUCAUCUAAAAAAAUGUCCAACCGUUUCCUAAAACAUUUCCAUUUCUCCAAACUCAAAUUCUCACCGCCGGCCGCCGUCGCCCACUCCCCAUCCUCCGACUGCUACUUCACCUCCAACCCCAUUUCCCUCACCCCUUCCUCCCUCGCCGACGACGGCUUCUUCUCCACCUCCUCCGAUGCCGACGACUCAAUCUCCGACGACCUUGCCACCCUCCUCGCCUCCCGCCGCUUCUUCUUCUCCUCCCCCGGCCGCUCCAACUCCAUUUGUGACUCCUCCACCGCCCGUCGCCGAUCCCACGACGUCGUUGUUUCUGAAGGUCUAGAGGUCCCCAAAUAUUCAAUGGACCCUUACGCCGACUUCCGGCGGUCAAUGCAGGAGAUGGUGGAAGCUCGAGAAUUGGAGAGUGUGAGGAGCGACUCUGAGUUUUUGCGAGAGCUUUUGUCGUGCUAUCUCCGGUUGAAUCCGAAAAACACCCAUAAGUUCAUUGUUAGAGCUUUUGCUGAUCUUUUGCUUUGCUUGUUAACAUCCUCCUCCUCCGCUCCCCCGUCGGCUCCUAAAGCACGACGGAAAGGUGUUAUGUUUCGCUAAUUUUAUGCCUUCUAAAGUUCAAUGGAUUUGUUAUAUCUUAGACCAAUACACAUAUUCCGACUAGAACUUAAAAAGUUCAGUUAUAUA